AUGGCUUCCAGGCUAUCUAUCUAUCUAUCUAUCUAUCUAUCUAUCUAUCUAUCUAUCUAUCUAUCUAUCACAGUCUGUUCAUAUCUAUCUUUUUAUCUAUUCAUCUAUUUAUCUAAACCUUCUUUAAAUGGCUUCCAGGAUACCUAUCUAUCUAUCUAUCUAUCUAUCUAUCUAUCUAUCUAUCACAGUCUGUUCAUAUCUAUCUUUUUAUCUAUUGUAAACGUUCAUUUAAUGAAAUACAUUAGAAGAGAUUGUUGCCCUUCAGACUUUGACAAUGAAAAAAUCAUAAAACGUUUUACUAUCUAUCUAUCUAUCUAUCUAUCUAUCUAUCUAUCUAUCUAUCUAUCUAUCUAUCUAUCUAUCUAUCUAUCUAUCUCAAUCUUCUGUUCACAUCUAUCUCAGCUUGUUCAUAUCUAUCUAUCUAUCUAUCUAUCUAUCUAUCUAUCUAUCUAUCUAUCUCAAUCUGGUCAUUAUCUAAGUUUUUCAUAUCUAUCUCAGUCUGUUCACAACUAUCUCAGCUUGUUCAUAUCUAUCUAUCUAUCUAUCUAUCUAUCUAUCUAUCUAUCUAUCUAUCUAUCUAUCUAUCUAUCUAUCUCAGUUAGUUCACCUCGAUCUAUCUAUCUCAACCUUUUCAUAUCUAUCUCAAGUACUUAUAUUUCAUAA